AUCGUCUCGUUAUUAGCCUGAUGAAAGAGGCUAUUAGUCAUUCGCCGUUGUCGGUGACAUUCAACGAGUAUUUUUAUUCAAUCACAUUUAUAAUUAGCCUCACUAAUGAUUCAUCAAUUUCCCGAUUAAUUAUGCCCGUUCACCCAUUUUUUCAUCACUCCUCUUGCUUUAAACUGCACUCAAAACUUCCGGUUCUUCCUCAGUAUGAAAUGAUCUCUUCGGUUCGUUUCCUUCGUUCAAAACGUGACGCAAUUAUUGGAGUGAAAAAGUGAAAAAACGUAUUUCGAAAGUCCUGAAAGCCAGAGUUUAGAAAAAAUCGUGAAAAAAGCGUUGGAGAAUAAAUAAAAAAGCGUGCGCACCGUUCGAAAGUCUGUCAGAAGCUGAGGAUCGAUCUCUCGACAAGUCUCUCAUCAAUUUGAUCAGAUUGCAUAUAUAACUGACGUAAAAUCUCGUUUUGUUGGCCCCUGUCAAUCGGACGAUUAUAGUCUAGCAAAGUCAUGGUCUAAUUAUUAGAACCGCUGAUUGGUUGCUCUCGAUGUGACAUGAGCAAUGGGGCAACGAGGAGAACGAGCAAAAAUCUGCAUAAAUAAUGGGGCAGAGCUUCGAAGGGGCUCAUUUUUUUGUGACCAACAUCUUUUCGACACUCGGCUCGCGAACGUUGAUGGACACCAACGGAACUACGAGUGUACGUGGUAUCAGAAAUCACGGUUAAGUAAAAGAGCCAAAAUGACUGUGGUUGUUCGGUAAAAGUAACGAAAAAUAUUCUGCAGUCGUGUCGAGUUGUGAACCGGAGUCCGAUCGUUUCAAUAAUCUCGACGAAAUCAGUGUGUCGGGGGCAGAAUAAAGGCGAGGAGAAGAGAGAGACAUCAAAAGACUGAAAAGCUCGUCGUAAAAACUGGUGAAAUUUUUCGAAAAAUAUAAGAAAAAAGUGCUGGGAGACUGAGCCAACCAAAUAAAUCUGCAUCGAAACGACUUCCAUCAUAACAAACGAACGAACAAUAGAGACAAAACGUAAAAAAUAUCUUUCCAACCUGUGGGACAUCCGAUAUUGUGCGACUGAAAGAAAAUAAAAAUAAUUAAAAUGCCGAACGAUAUGCCCCUUGCCCAAAUGCCGGUCGUUUCAAAGUGGCGUCAUUAUCCUACGUACGUGUACGAAAAGAAUUACGCGUGCGGCAUAAACUACUAUCAGCCGAUGAUCGACUACAUGGAUGAGCGUGACAGCCGUUUGGCCGAGGGUAAUUGCACAGACUCGGAUAAGCCACGGAAAUUGCCGGAACUGCCAUGGACCGAUGGACGCGAAAUUUGGGAAAAUCGUCAAGUUUUGCCCUAUACGAAAGAGGAGUUGGUCAGACACGCGACCAACGCUGAAGCGCGAGCCAAGGAGCAUCUGUCACGUUUCAAGCUAGCGAAACGAUCGGACUUCAGCCUGAAAAAAGCGGUUGAAGCGACCCACGUGACGAAAGAAGUGCUCUCAUCGUGCCAGCAAGCGAAAAAGUCAAAAAUGUCAUCGAGAAUACGAGAAAUGUGUGCCUCCCAAGAGAUGGACCAGUCAGCGUCAAUGGCCGAUUUAUCGGUUCAGACUAUUCGGAACAUGCAAAUGAUCAAGGACGUCAAACAAGCGCUGGAAACUGGAAAGAGGCUGCGGGCAAGAUCAGCGAGGAGCAUCGAAUUCCAGCUAAAAGCAGAUGCUUUGAAGAACAUUGCGAAAAAUCAGGAACAAAGAGAGAGCAUGAACGCUUUACGAGAAGAAGAAGAACACGAGUGUUCCCUGAAAGAGAGAGCGAGACGAUUCUACAAAACUGAAGAAGACUUCGAGCGCUUGGACGAACUUACCGAAGAGCUCAAAACCCUCGAAUGCAAAUCCAACAUUUAUUUCAGUGACAAGAGGUAG